GACAGUUUUGACCGAGAGUAACCCUGUCUCUUCAGCGCUCUAUAGCCUGUGCUAUAAAAGCUGCUUGAGGUUAAAAACACCACUUUUCACAGACGGCGUGAAGUGAUCAGUACGUUGGAAAGAACCAGAUUUUACGAAUAUUCUUUUCUUUAAGGGUUUGACAUUUAUAUGUAAAGCAUAAACGUUACAGCUGUAGGAAAAGCUGGUGAUCAAAAACAUAUCCCUGCUGCGUGGUGGAGCUGUGAAGAAACAUGUCUGCCUUCACUCAGCUGGGGCUGCUACUAUGGAAAAACUUUGUGUAUAGAAGAAGGCAAACACUUCAGUUGCUAAUUGAGAUAGCAUGGCCACUGUUUCUGUUCUUCAUAUUGAUCUCAGUGAGGAUGUCGUAUCCCCCAUAUGAACAACAUGAGUGUCACUUUCCUAACAAGGCCUUGCCCUCAGCGGGGACUCUGCCAUGGGUUCAGGGUAUCAUCUGCAAUGCUAACAAUCCAUGCUUUCGGUACCCAACACCAGGUGAAGCACCUGGAGUUGUAGGAAACUUCAAUGAAUCAAUCAUCUCACGCCUGUUUUCUGAUGCAAAGAAGAUCCUACUAUACAGUCAGAAUGACAAAAGCCUUGGUGGAUUCAGAAGUCUUAUUAAAGCACUGAAGAACUUGCAGAACACAAGCUCAGGAUUUAAACUGAAAGAUUUUCUCAUUGAAAAUGAGACCUUGUCAACAUUUCUUCGGGAAAAUGCUUCAUUUCCGGAGUUUGCAGUGAAAGAAAUACUGGAUGCAGAUGUAAACCUGGAAAAGGUGCUCACAAGAGGCUUUGGUGUGCGUCUGAAGGACCUUUGCAAUGUAACGAAAUUGGCAGACUUUGUCACCAUAUCUGAUAGCAGAGUGUCUUCAGUCUCUGAACACAUCAUCUGCACAUCAUCUAAAGAAUGGCUGAAUCGCGCAGAAAGACUUUUUCUUGCAAACCUAGAUUUUGUAAAACCCAUACGGAAAAAAGUGAAGUCUGACCCUCAUUCCAUCCAGCUGGUAUCGGAAGCCACAGAAAACCUCUUAGAGAGUCUGGGAACCCUGGUAGUUGAGCUGUCCAGCAUGAAGAGCUGGAAUGACAUGAGGAAUGAGAUCCUAUUCCUGACCGAGAACGGCAGUGGAUCUCCAAGCGAGAUGUACCAGGCUGUGUCCAGGAUUGUCUGUGGUCACCCAGAAGGAGGUGGACUCAAGAUCAAGUCAAUGAACUGGUACGAGGACAACAACUACAAAGCACUGUUUGGGGGAAACAGCACAGAAGAUGAGACUUCUUUUUAUGACAACUCAACCACUCCUUACUGCAAUAAUAUGAUGAACAAUUUUGAAUCCAGCCCAGUCUCUAGAAUGAUCUGGAGAGCACUGAAGCCUCUGCUCAUUGGUAAAAUUCUCUACACUCCAGAUACUCCAGCCACACAAAGAAUCAUUCAUGAGGUUAACAAGACAUUUCAGGAACUGGGUGUGUUUCGAGAUCUUGGCGGCAUGUGGGACGAGAUUAAGCCAAAGGUCUGGAAAUUCAUGGAAAGCAGCCAGGAGAUGGAUCUCGUUCGGACUCUUCUCCAGAACAAUGCAAGUUCAAGUUUCUUGGAUGCACAGUUAAGCGGAACUGGCUGGUCUGUGAAAGCGAUUUCCAGUUUCUUAUCAGCGCGCACUGAAGAUUCUCAGAAAACUAGUUCAGUGUACACAUGGAGGGAUGUUUUCAAUGAGACUGACCAUGCUAUUCUAACUAUAUCACGCUUCAUGGAGUGUGUGAAUUUGGAUAAACUGGAGCCUGUUCCCACUGAGGAGAGAUUAAUAAACACAUCAAUGAAGCUGCUUGAUGAAAGAAGAUUUUGGGCUGGAAUUGUAUUUCCUGGAAUAGAAUCGAACAGUAGCGACUUGCCUCUGCAUGUAGAUUACAAGAUCCGAAUGGACAUUGACAAUGUGGAGAGAACCAACAAGAUUAAAGAUGGGUACUGGGACCCUGGUCCGAGGGCAGAUCCCUUUGAAGACAUGCGCUAUAUCUGGGGCGGAUUUACUUACCUUCAGGAUGUGAUCGAACAGGGCAUCAUCCGAGCUGUUACAGGCACUGAGAAGAAAACUGGAGUUUAUAUACAGCAGAUGCCUUACCCAUGUUAUGUGGAUGACAUGUUUUUGCGAGUGAUGAGUCGCUCUCUGCCCCUGUUCAUGACAUUGGCUUGGAUCUACUCAGUGGCUAUCAUUAUCAAAGGCAUCGUCUAUGAGAAGGAAGCCCGUCUGAAGGAGACAAUGAGGAUUAUGGGACUGGACAACAGCAUGCUGUGGCUGAGCUGGUUCAUCAGCAGCUUGAUUCCUCUCCUUAUCAGUGCCUCAUUUUUGGUCUUAAUACUCAAGAAAGGAAACCUGUUGCCCUAUAGUGACCCGAGUGUAGUUUUUGUGUUUCUUGCCACCUUUGCUGUCGUGACCAUAAUGCAAUGCUUCUUGAUAAGCACCAUUUUCUCGAGGGCAAACCUGGCUGCGGCUUGUGGAGGCAUCAUCUACUUCACUCUCUACCUUCCGUACGUGCUGUGUGUAGCCUGGCAGGAUUAUGUGGGCUUUACUGUGAAAGUCAUAGCUAGUUUGUUAUCACCAGUGGCGUUUGGGUUUGGCUGUGAGUAUUUUGCGCUCUUUGAAGAGCAGGGGGUUGGGAUUCAGUGGAACAAUCUCCUCUCCAGCCCUAUAGAGGAAGACAACUACAACCUCACUACCUCCAUAUACAUCAUGUUUUUCGAUGCUUUUCUUUAUGGAGUGAUGACCUGGUACAUUGAAACUGUCUUCCCAGGCCAGUAUGGGAUUCCCAGACCAUGGUAUUUUCCAUUUACCAAGUCAUACUGGUUUGGUGAUACACAGCAGAAAAUGCCAGAACAUAUAUCGACCAGAAAAGAAAACUCUGAAGUUUGCAUUGAGGAAGAGCCAGCACAUCUUGAACUUGGAGUAUUCGUUGAGGACUUGGUUAAAAUCUAUCAAGAUGGGAAGAAGGUUGCUGUUGAUGGACUUACUCUCGGUUUCUACGAAGGGCAGAUCACUUCGUUUCUGGGGCACAAUGGAGCUGGCAAAACCACCACUAUGUCAAUCUUGACUGGCUUGUUCCCGCCUACAUCCGGUACGGCCUACAUUCUGGGAAAAGAUAUCCGCUCUGACCUCAGCACAAUCAGACAAAAUCUCGGAGUGUGUCCUCAGCACAAUGUUCUUUUUGACCAGCUGACUGUUGAGGAACACAUUUGGUUCUACGCCCGGCUGAAAGGACUGUCUGAAGUGGAGGUCAAAGCAGAGAUGGAACAGAUUCUAUUGGACGUAGGCCUGCCAAACAAACGGAAAGCAAAAACAAGCCAGCUCUCUGGUGGUAUGCAACGGAAACUAUCAGUUGCCCUGGCCUUUGUUGGAGGGUCAAAGGUCGUUAUUCUAGACGAACCUACAGCUGGAGUAGACCCUUACUCCCGCAGAGGAAUCUGGGAUCUGCUUCUAAAAUAUCGCCAUGGCCGCACGAUCAUCCUUUCAACACACCACAUGGACGAAGCAGAUAUUCUUGGCGACAGAAUAGCCAUUAUUUCUCAUGGGAAGCUGUGCUGUGUUGGGUCAUCACUCUAUCUGAAGAAUCAACUGGGAACAGGCUAUUACUUGACCCUGGUCAAAAAAGAUGUGGAGCCAUCCCUGAGUUCAUGCAGAAACAGCAGCAGCACAGUAUCGUUCAUUAAAAAGGACGACAGUGUUUCCCAAAGCAGUUCUGAUGCUGGACUUGGUAGCGACCAUGAAAGUGACACAACCACUGUAGAUGUGUCUCUCAUCUCAAACGUCAUUCUGAAGCAUGUUCCGAAGGCUCGAAUGGUUGAAGAUUUUGGACACGAGCUGACUUACGUUUUACCAUAUGAAUCUGCUAAGGAUGGUGCUUUUGUUGAGCUGUUCCACGAAAUUGAUGACAGACUGUCAGACCUGGGCAUUUCCAGCUAUGGAGUCUCAGACACCACGCUGGAGGAGAUUUUCCUUAAAGUGGCUAAAGACAGUGGAGUUGAUGUAGAAAUUUCAGAUGGCACCAUCCCUGCACGGAGAAACAGGAGACAUGCUUUUGGGGACAGACAAAGCUGCCUGAGACCAUUCACUGAGGAUGAUGUCUUUGAUUUAAAUGAUUCUGAUCUUGAUCCAGAGUCGAGAGAGACAGACCUGCUAAGCGGAAUGGAUGGGAAAGGCUCAUUCAAGGUGAAAGGCUGGAGUCUUAUCAGGCAGCAGUUUGUUGCUUUACUCUGGAAAAGAUUUUUGCAUGCAAGGCGCUCCAGGAAGGGAUUCUUUGCUCAGAUUGUGUUACCAGCUGUGUUUGUGUGCAUUGCUCUGGUGUUCAGCCUGAUCAUCCCUCCUUUUGGAAAAUACCCAAGCCUGGAACUGCAGCCAUGGAUGUAUGGUGAGCAGUACACUUUCAUAAGCAAUGAUGCCCCUGAGGAUGCUCACAUACAGAAAUUAUUUGGAGCUCUAACCAGCAAGCCUGGUUUUGGUACUCGCUGUAUGAGUGGAGACCCUAUUCUUGAUACCCCGUGCAUGACUGACAAUGGUGAUUGGACCAUGCCCGAAGUACCGCAGAGUGUCAUGGACAUUUUUUUAAAUGGAAACUGGACGAUGGAAAACCCGUCUCCACCUUGUGAAUGUAGCAAGGAUGACAAAAAGAAAAUGCUCCCUGAAUGCCCUGCUGGAGCUGGUGGGCUGCCUCCCCCUCAGAUUACUCGUGGUACCACAGACAUUCUUCAGAACCUUACAGGCAGAAAUAUAUCUGACUAUCUGGUGAAAACAUACGCUGAGAUCAUUGGGAAAAGUCUGAAGAACAAGAUUUGGGUCAAUGAAUUUAGGUACGGUGGAUUCUCAUUGGGUGCUAGAAGUUUACAAGUCCUUCCUCCUGGCGAGGAACUCACCGAUGCCAUAAUUCAAAUCAGAAAGAUCUUCAGCAUAGAGCAGGGGAAAGCUGGAGAUCGGUUUAUGAGCAGCUUAUCAGGCUUCAUUAAAGGGCUGGAUACCAAAGAUAAUGUCAAGAUUUGGUUUAAUAACAAAGGAUGGCAUGGAGUCGGGGCCUUCCUGAAUGUGAUGAACAAUGGUAUUCUUCGUGCCAGUUUACCAGAGGGAAAAGAUCCCAGUUUGUAUGGAAUCAGCGCCUUUAAUCACCCUCUGAACCUCACCAAAGAACAGCUUUCUCAAGUUGCACUGAUCACAACCUCAGUGGAUGUUUUGGUCUCUAUCUGUGUGAUUUUUGCCAUGUCGUUUGUACCGGCCAGUUUUGUAGUGUACCUCAUUCAAGAGAGAGUUAGCAAGUCCAAGCACAUGCAGUUCAUCAGUGGGGUCAGACCCGGCCUCUACUGGCUUGCAAACUUCAUCUGGGAUAUGUGCAACUAUAUAGUGCCAGCUACUCUCGUCAUCAUCAUUUUUGUCUGUUUUCAACAAAAGUCAUAUGUUUCUGCUGCCAACCUUCCUGUUCUGGCUCUGCUCCUGCUGCUGUAUGGGUGGUCCAUUACUCCUUUGAUGUACCCUGCAUCGUUCCUCUUUAAAAUCCCCAGUACUGCUUAUGUUGUACUCACCAGUGUUAACCUGUUCAUUGGAAUCAAUGGCAGUGUUGCAACCUUCGUUCUUGACCUUUUUGGCAAUGACAGUCACAACUCGAUUAAUGAUAUUCUGAAGUCCGUAUUCCUAAUCUUUCCUCACUUUUGUCUGGGACGAGGUCUUAUCGACAUGGUGAAGAAUCAGGCAAUGGCCGAUGCUUUGGAAAGAUUCGGUGAAAACCGCUUUAGGUCGCCAUUCUCCUGGGAUUUGGUUGGAAGAAACCUCUUUGCUAUGGCAGUGCAGGGGGCUGUCUUCUUCUGCAUUACAGUACUAAUCCAGUACAGAUUCUGUAUUAAACCCAGACGGGUAUCAGCAAAACUUCCACCAAUACAUGAUGAAGAUGAAGACGUGGCCAAAGAGAGGCAGCGAAUACUGAGCGGUGGGGGGCAGAGUGACAUUCUGGAACUCAAAGAGCUGACCAAGGUAUACAGGAUGAAGCGCAAGCCAGCAGUCGACAGACUCUGUGUUGGAAUUCCCCCAGGAGAGUGCUUCGGAUUGCUUGGUGUGAAUGGCGCUGGAAAAACAACCACCUUCCAAAUGCUGACUGGAGACACAGACGUCACUGGCGGGGAAGCUUUUCUUAACGGAAAGAGCGUCCUGUCAGAGAUUCAUGAUGCCCACCAGAACAUGGGUUACUGCCCUCAGUUUGAUGCCAUUAAUGAGCUGCUGACUGGAAGAGAACACCUGGAAUUGUAUGCCAUUUUACGUGGGGUUCCUGAAGAAGAAGUUUGUAAGGUUGCUGAAUGGGGAGUUCGUAAACUGGGACUUGUGAAGUACAUGGACAAAGGAGCUGGGAAUUACAGUGGAGGGAACAAACGCAAGCUGUCCACUGCAAUGGCUCUGACCGGAGGCCCACCUGUAGUAUUCCUGGAUGAGCCAACCACAGGGAUGGACCCCAAGGCACGCAGAGCCCUAUGGAACUGUAUUCUUGGCAUUAUCAAAGAAGGAAGAUCUGUGGUGCUUACCUCACACAGUAUGGAGGAAUGUGAAGCACUUUGCACACGAAUGGCUAUCAUGGUAAAUGGCAGGUUCAGAUGCCUUGGCAGUGUGCAGCAUCUUAAAAACAGGUUUGGAGACGGCUACACAAUAAUUCUUCGAGUAGCAGGCCCAAAUCCUGACCUGAAGCCUGUCAUGGAGUUCAUUGAAUGUGAACUCCCUGGCAGUGUGCUGAAGGAGAAACAUCGAAACAUGCUUCAGUAUCAACUCCCAUCCUCGCUCUCCUCCCUGGGGCGGCUAUUCAGCAUCCUUUCCAAAAACAAGAGCCAACUCCGAAUAGAAGACUAUUCAGUAUCACAAACUACACUCGACCAAGUAUUUGUAAAUUUUGCGAAGGACCAAAGUGACGAAGACCACUCAAAGGACAAUACAGUUCACAAAAAAGAAGCUGUGAUAAAUAUUUCACUCCUUAAUUCCUUUUUGAAAAACGACAAGGUGAAAGAAAGCUAUGUGUGAUUUGAUUUUUUCAGACUGAAAUUGCAGUGGCAACAUAUUGAAAAGCAUGAAGGCUUUUUUUCGACUGUUCCAUGUUCAGGAGCAAAGGAAGGAAAACUGGACACUGUACUGAAACUAUUCAAUGCAAGUCAAUGCAAAAAUUCCACUUCUUAUUAUGAGGCAGUGCCUCAGAUUCCUGUUUAGUUUUGUUGGCAGGAAGUGGAAUAAAACUUGAAUAGAGUUAUGUCUUACAGUGUAACUUUAUACAUUGUGGAUGCUCAGCUCAGUUUGUUUUUGUUUCGUAUAUUUGCAAUGAUGACAUAUUUAUAUCUAGUCACCCACUGCCACUAAAAAAUGGUCAUUUAAGUCCUUCACAUUUUUACAAAGUGGCUUAUUGCACAGUAAUUGGUAGGCUGUGGGUUUCUCAAAAUUGUCUUGGUAUUUUUUUUUUUUUAAUAUAUAUAUAUAUUUAUACAGAAGUGCAUUUUGAUGACCAAUGUAGCAUUACAGUUACAAACAUACUGUAAACCUACACUUUCAACAAGGGGCUGCAGAAAUCCCUUCAGAUUUAUUUCCAACGGCUUUGAUGGUGCAGUAAUAAUUGUCCGUGAUUGUACUACCUGUAUCUGUUACGCAGUGGGGUCAUUUUUUUGUACAUGUAUUCUUUGUAUUCUAUGUGUUUCAUAAAAUGUGACAUCAGAAAGAAUACUGUAACAGGGGCUCCCAAGUGGCGCAUCCAGUAAAAGCACUCGCUAGUGUGCAGGAUGCGCUCUAUAGCCUGGACGUCGCCGGUUCGAGUCCAGGCUAUUCCACAGCCGACCGUGGACGGGGGCUCCCAGGGGGCGGCGCUCAAUUGGCCGAGCGUCGUCCGGGGGGAGGGAGGGUUAGGUCGGCCAGGGUGUCCUCGGCUCACCGCCCACCAGCGACCCCUGUAGUCUGGCCGGGCGCCUGCGGGCUUGCCUGUAAGCUGCCCAGAGCUGCGUUGUCCUCCGACGCUGUAGCUCUGAGGCGGCUGCACGGUGAGUUCGCAGUGUGUAAAGAAGCGGGCGGCUGACGGCACACGCUUCGGAGGACAGCGUGUGUUCAUCUUCGCCCCUCCCGUGUCAGCGCAGGGGUGGUAGCGGUGAGCUGAGCCUAAAAAUAAUUGGGCAUUUCAAAUUGGGGAGAAAAUAAUAAAAACUAAUUGGCAACGACUAAAUUUAAAAAAAAAAAAAAAAAAAAAAAAAAGAAAGAAAGAAUACUGUAAUACCAAUCAGUAAAAACAUAACAGGAUACAAUCAGAACAGUUAAUGUCUUCAGAACAGGACAGAGCAGAUAUCAUCAGUUUCACAAGGGCCUUGACCAUCAAGAUGCCUGACAUUGUGUUUAUGUUAUAAACUGUUAUAUAAAAAUAAAGCUGGCCUAGCAUUCCUUGUAAAUGGCCAGUCACUAUGCCCCAUUCCACUAUUUAAUACACAUGUUGCUUUUCCUUUAGAUUACAUUUCAGAGUUAUUCUUCAACUCUCCAUAUAUUGUGGUUCUUUAGUGUACAUUAAUUUAUGCAGUGCUUAUGCCAAUGUUGCUGCUGAAGAUGAAACAGUAACCACUUGUCUGAUAAUGUGAUCGACCCAAGAUAAACUGUUCUUUAUUAUUUCAUUUGUAGAAAACAACAUUGUUGCAUCUCUAAAACUUUUUUACUAGAUUGUUGGAAUAUAUAUAUAUAUAUAUAUAUAUAUAUAUAUAUAUAUAUACCAUUUCUAGGGACUAGACUAACUACAGUAUGAGAAAGCAGUUUUGUAGCUUUGUCGUCAUUGUUGGUCCUCCAAUGCAAGCACUUUAUACUGUAUUUCUUGGGAUCUCUUUUUUUUUUUUUUUUGGAUCUCUGCAGACUUUAUAAGAUAUACCCAAACUUUUAAGCUCUGUCCUACUAUGGUCAUUUUUAAGUUAAGUCCUCCUAUGGUCUUUUUUUUAAUAUCAAUAACUGUUUAUGGAAAGUAUUACGAAAGACUGUAUGGGAAUAUCAGUGUUACUUGUCAUAUAAAGUACUUAUUUACAAAAUAAAACUUGACACAUUUUCA